AUGCUGUGGGCAGGUCGCUGCAUCUCACACCGGGAGUACUUGCAUCGGCAGAAUGCUUACCAUCACAUCCAGAAUCACGCCCUGAAGUUCUGUUCGGGAUUGUUCGACUUGGCGCGGAGGAAGCUCGAGCUUCUUGCGCUCCCCGAAGCAGCGUUCAGGCUCGAGCAUGACGUGAAGAUUGCGCUUGACCACGAGGAAGCCCAAAAGAUAUGUCGGACAGCGUUGGACGAGCAGGUGUCGCCAGAGGUGGCCGACGAGGAGCUCCUGCAUCCAGGGCAGAGCGUGCAAGACCCGGAGCCCAAUUCCAGCACUCGGCUCUUCCAGGUUUUGGACGUAAAGCAGCACAGCCACAGCUGGCAGCAGCUCUUGCAGAACGUGUGCGCCGACGAGUGCCGCGACCUCCUAAGAGCCAUGAGCGGACCCGAUUUCAUGCAGUCUGCCAUCAGCUCUGCCUUUGGCUUUGACCGUACUGCGGGUGUACCGGAGCAGUGUGCCGAACAGGUAGUGCAAAAGGUCGAGGCCGAAGUCCUGACCUGUUGCGCGGAGGAGUGCGGCUGGGACGAGCAGCGGUGUCAGCUGUGGCCUUUUAUGAAUGCUUCGCAGCAAGAAGACUGGAAUGCGCGGUGCUGUGUGGAGGGCGCGAUGCUCAAGGGCUCCAGCCGGGAACGCCUCUGCAACAGCGUGCAGCCCGGCGCCGUGCUCGAGGAGCUGGAGAAAAAGCACAUCGAUCCAGUGCCCAAGACCGAGCAAGAUGCCGUGCUGGUCGGCAUGUCUCUGAAAAAGGCCAAGCCUCAUCAGAUCACAUCCUGGCUCGAGGCUGCGUCGGGGCCUCCGCCUGCUCAGUGCGACAAGCAAACUGGCGUGCAAUAUUGCAAGAAUCCAGUGAUGAACAAGAACUUCCUUGAGCAUUGCGAGAAGCUUAAUGAAGGCUGGCAGUUCCUCGAGUCGGCCAAGCACUCAAAGCUCAGGACACAUGCCGAUGCCGUGGAGACAAUCGAUGUCAGUGACUGUGGCAACAAGCUGUCGCAGCCUGACGUCGACUCCGUGUCCUGGCUCGGCUCACAAACAGCUUGCUACAUCAUCAAGAAGCGGGAAGAGCACAAAGUCGCCGUCCUGGACGCUUACAAGGCUGUAAAGAAGAAGGUGAGCGAUUUGCCAAAAGGAGUUCGCGAUACUGCGCUCUUUAAGCGGAAGUAA